UCUGGGUCACAUGCUGCCGCCCGGGCCCUAUCAGGGGCGGCUCCAUCCCACCGCUGCUGCUGUUGCUGCCCCUCCUGCCGCCACUGGCUCAGAGGACACAGCGGCUCCCCUUCACGUCCCGCAUCCUUGAGUUCGCCAUUCAACUCCUCUGAGCGGCGCUGCCCCGGCCGGACUUCCUGCUGCUGCUGCUGCCGCUGCCGCCGCCCUAGUAGGAAGAGAAUACCAAUUCCACCAUGUCUAUUGAGAAGGUUCACGCACGUGAGAUCCUGGACUCCCGUGGGAAUCCCACUGUGGAGGUGGAUUUGUACACAGCUAAAGGAAUGUUCCGGGCAGCUGUUCCCAGUGGUGCUUCCACUGGCAUCUAUGAGGCUCUAGAGUUACGUGAUGACGACAAAUCCCGAUUCCUUGGAAAAGGGGUCCUGCAGGCGGUGGACCACAUCAACAGCACUAUCGCCCCUGCUCUCGUGAGCGCUGGCAUCUCUGUUGUGGAGCAAGAGAAGAUCGACAACCUCAUGCUGGAACUGGACGGGACAGAAAACAAAUCCAAGUUUGGAGCCAAUGCCAUCCUGGGUGUUUCUCUGGCUGUAUGCAAAGCGGCUGCUGCAGAGAAAGAUGUCCCCCUCUAUCGGCACAUUGCUGACCUGGCUGGAAAUUCAGAUCUGAUUCUGCCAGUACCUGCCUUCAACGUGAUCAAUGGGGGAUCCCAUGCAGGAAACAAGCUGGCUAUGCAGGAGUUUAUGAUCCUGCCUGUUGGGGCUGAGAGCUUCCGGGAUGCCAUGCGCAUUGGUGCUGAGGUCUAUCACAAUCUCAAGAGUGUCAUCAAGGACAAGUAUGGCAAAGAUGCCACCAAUGUGGGAGAUGAAGGAGGCUUUGCCCCUAACAUCUUGGAGAACAGUGAAGCUUUGGAACUCCUCAAGGAAGCCAUAGAGAAAGCUGGCUACACUGACAAGAUCGUCAUCGGCAUGGAUGUGGCAGCCUCAGAAUUCUACAGAGAUGGCAAAUACGACUUGGAUUUCAAAUCCCCUGAUGACCCCAGCCGCUACAUCUCUGCUGAUGAACUAGGAGACCUCUACCAAAGCUUUGUCCGGGACUACCCAGUGGUAUCGAUCGAGGAUCCCUUUGAUCAGGAUGACUGGGAAGCCUGGUCCAAGUUCACAGCGAAUGUGGGGAUUCAGAUUGUGGGGGAUGACCUGACAGUGACCAACCCCAAGCGCAUUGAGCGAGCUGUGGAGGACAAGGCCUGCAACUGUCUCCUGCUCAAGGUCAACCAGAUUGGAUCCGUCACCGAAGCCAUCCAAGCUUGUAAACUGGCCCAGGAGAAUGGCUGGGGGGUGAUGGUGAGCCACCGAUCGGGAGAGACUGAAGACACCUUCAUUGCUGACCUGGUGGUGGGACUCUGUACUGGACAGAUAAAGACUGGAGCUCCAUGCAGGUCUGAGCGACUGGCAAAAUAUAACCAGCUAAUGAGGAUUGAGGAGGAGCUUGGUGACGAAGCUCGCUUUGCUGGGCACAACUUCCGUAACCCGAGCGUCCUAUAAAUCUUGCUCCAGCCCACUCUGGCUUGCCUGCUGAUUCCCAAUGCACAGACUCUGAGUGCCCCUUAGACCACGCCCUCCAGCCUCCCGGUCCUUUCUCCCUCGUUCCUGCUCCGGCCACCCAGCCUCUCCUCCUCAGUCCCUGCGAGUUCAGGCCCCCCUCACUGGAGCUCCCCCAAGAAAUCUCAAGAAUGAAGCCUCCCGCUCCCUGUCCCGGUGCAGUGCUGCAAGCCCGCUUUGCGUGUGUCGCGCAGUGUCUGCUCUCUGGGCCUGCUUGAGUCCUCAUUUUGCCCAAGUGUCGAGUGGUGUCAGCCUGUUUGCCAGGAGGUGUGGCAAGUAUGCACAUGCUUGAAGGUGGCGCUUUGGAGUGCCAGCUGUGUUUGCUUCUUCAUGCCAGACUGUUUUUGUGUUGUUGCCACUUGGACUGCCUGGAACUGGGUUUUGCUCUUUGGUAUGAGUUUGUGUUAAACCUGUGCGCUGCUUCGUAUUGUCAAUCGCUAAUUGCUUGGUGUGGGUGAAUGCUUGAGUGUUUUGUGCGUGUUUUGUUGCCUAUCCCUGCCAGCCUCCAAGAAUGCUUUUUAGUUGUGUGUGUGUGUGUGUGUGUGUGUGUGUGUGUGAUAUGCCAUACCUGAGUCUAAGAUUAGGUUGCAUCCGAUCUGAAAGCUGUGUUGGCUUGUGUUUUUCUGAAACACAAGAGCGAGCUGUACUGCUGCGAUACACUGGGUCAUUGUGCCAUGCUUUGUGGGGUGUUGUGGGUCAGUGCAUUGUGGGCGUGUUGUUGCGGUCAGCACCCUGCUCAGACUGCUCUCCCUCCCAUUGCCCUCUAGAUGUUCACUCACAUGGCUCCCUCAUCACCCUUUCCCCAUCUUGCUCUCCCAUCACUUCUGCUUCAACUUCCAGAAGUUUCACCCUCAGCUGAGCAACAGCAACAAGUAAUGGGGGGAAUAAAACAACCACCCAGAGAAAAUCAACCAACCGACAAACCCUCAACUCAAUUAAAUUCCGUUUCACACUUGA